AGAUGUAAUUUGAUUAAAUUAAAAACAGCGCUGCACGGGACUAGGAGCGGGACUCGCCUAAAGUAAUAAGCGUGUGCGUAACGUGUGUAACUGACAUUAACAAGCUACCGUAUAGCGAAUCAGCUCGGAACCAGCUGACUGGUUGCUCGGCGCGUGUCAGAGAAGCAGAGCGGCGGGCGCGGGUGUGGCCCGACGGGGGCCGGGGGGUUAGAGACGCACACGCAGGCAUCGAUCUCACGCAGCCGCCCCGGCAUCCCGACCACCACCAUCGUCAGCAGCAGCAGCAGCAGCUUCGACCUCGUCGUCUCCAUCGUCGAAGUCGAACAGUACGUUCUGAAUGGAGCUAUGUGAGCUGCAUCUGCAACCCGAGGACGACGCUUGGCCCUCGGACAUCGACACACGUAUCGCUCAGCUUGAUUUUGGCGGCGAUUCGGCAUUGUUCGCUUCCAGCUCUGUUAGCACUGAUUCGUUAGAUUCGGAACAGUUACGAGAACGAUGCCGACUUAGAACUGAAGAUUUUCAAUUGACUUUUGCUGAUUCGGGACAUUGGCAAAGCGGACAGCUUACUACAUGGGGGCGCAUUCGGUCCACUGAGCCACUCGAUGAAACAACUGCAAGUGCGCCAGAUGUGAUAACUCGUCCGCAAACAACACCAUCGACGACAGCGACUGCUCCACGACCAACAAGUCUUCUGGCGAAUUUCGUCGGCCGUGAAUCAUCACAAGAUAAUUUGAAUGGCGGUCGUUACGUGGACGUCAACGACAACGAGAUUCAACUCGAAGCGAGUCCAUCGAAUACACAAGAUCGUUGGCGAGCUGCCAGACCGGCUACAAGCAGUGCUCGAUUGGUUCCGAGCAAACCACGACGGACAUUCGCCGAUUUGCACAAGUCGAUCGCACCAGAGCUGCAAUUUCUUGCACUUCCUCAUCAGAUUCCUACUCUGUGUGAGUCUUCAACGAUGUCGUUGAGUGAUGUUAUGUUAAAAGUACAACGCGAUGGCAUUCCGCCAUUGACCUCCGAUCUCGAUUUGCCACUUCCAUCAUUGCUACAAACAAAUCAGCUCGAGGAAGACUCACCCGACUCUGGAUUAGGUUGUAGCGGUCCGGUACACAUCGAAGACUGGGCGUCGCUGUCAAUUUUAUUGCCAAAACAUGUUGCUGAAGCGUGUUCGUUUUUCAAGUCGAAUGCCCAAUUGCUGGGCUCGUCCUCACAUUCCAAUUGUAUCGAACGAAAACGAACCGAGCCGUGCAGGACAUGCUUUCGAGUGCGAAGAAGAAUACAUCCGCCAAGUUGGGCUCAUUCCACUGCAUCGCGACAUGUGCUGUGUGAUUGCUCACCAGAUAGACCAGAAACUGCACAUGAACUCAUGCCAAGAAGCGGAAGGUCAUCUGAUGGUCAACAAAUUCGUGCACGGGAGUUGUCAGUUGUUGGACUCCCAAUAUAUGCGACAAAACGCACUAUGGUAGAAGCUGUUGUGGAUGCUGUCGCCGGCAUUGCCCGAGGCGAAACACCCAACGCACUGUUCACAGCGUUAGCCGCUUUAGUAUCGGAUGGGCUUAAGGAAGGCAUCACGUCAUGGAAUAUGAUUCGCACCGUUACUGCACCUGGUCCCGCCACGAAAGACGUAUACUCAAUUGUGAACAAACUGGAUUCAAACGAGAAGUCCGAAAAUUCUCGCGUAGAGCAGUUCUUUGAAGAGCUUUUCAGAGAAAAUUCUCUGGAUUGCUGGCUUUGUUAUGUAGUAUUGAAAGAAAAUGUGCUUCGCCGUCUUUACACUCCCGGAAGUUUUCUGCUAGAUGCGCCAACGGCCUAUAGGACACUACUAUGGCGAUUGGUUGAUACACUCGCUCUUAUUCCAGUGUUGGAAUUUCGUGAAUGCUCCCAUCCGCAUCAAACACAAUCUAUGCUGUGGAGUGGACCAUGCAGGCUACCGGCCGAUUCUCGAGUUCCAAAAAGCUCAUCGGUACCGGCACGUCUAUCGAAUUCGAAUCAUAAUCAUCGACGUUCUCGAAUACCAUUGCCAAAAAGUCGCGUAAGCAUGCAUCGAGCCGUGACGCCAUCGGCAGUGCUUGCCGCGUCACCGCUCGCUUCUGUGAUUGCGGACUCGUGCGAACCUGGUCACUUGGUAGUGUCACGCGGCGAAAGCGUACGAGUGCUGUCACGACGUGGUUCGAUCGCUCGUUGCUGUCGCGUGCAUCGUCGUCGCGAUCUCGUCUCGACCGGCAUCGUUCCAUUGCAAAACCUCGUCAUCCGAUGAUCUAGUCCACCCGAAAAGCAUAUGUGCCCUUUUUCUUGCCACGGCGUCGUCAUCCCACACAACACGUGUUCCUCCUCUUCCGCACCCAUUGCAGUGAGUCAGAUAUGAGUAAUAAACAGAAAAAGUAACGGCGAUCUCUUCGCGUUAAUUUACUGUACACAUUUUAUUUCUUCGUUUGUAUCUGUUUGUUUCCUUCAAGUUCUAUUUUGAGUUUUGAUUUUGCAUAAAGAAUUAUCUCUUUCCGGUACACUUUAUUCUUUUGUCAUUUUCUUUAUUCCAUUCGUCCACACUAGCGUAUGUAUUAUUCCCACUGGUUGGUUGAAUUGUGCUUGCCUAGAGAUUUCUAGUCUCCCACAACAAGAGUCGUAACUCUUGUUCUUGUUCGAAUUUUUCUUCUUACAGUAUUUUCGCAUUCAAUGUAGCAUUUAUAUGUUAUCGCUAAUAAAUAGGCGAUCAAAUGCUGUAAUAAUAUUUUCAUACUUGGAAAUGAAUCUUUGUCGUGGCUUUC